AAAGCAGUACUGUUCUGUGUGGUCACGGGGAAGGAACAACGCUCGCUCAUUCGUUCGUCGCGCAAAAGUCCCGCUUCGUCCAAUGUUCGUCACAACUCGAUCUCGAGAGUUUUGUCCGCCGUCUGUCGGUCGUAUUCGGUUGUAUCGUAUAGUCUCACGCAGAGAGCGUAGCGUUGCGGUAGUAGCGUAACUACUCGUCGGUCCUCACCGUUUGAGCGUUGUUGGUCCGUCCGAAUCGGAAGUUCGGAAAGUCGCCGUCGAAUUAUAAAUCUUCGAGUACGGUGUGUGCUUUUUAUGUACUCCUACUCCCUGAGAUCUAGAGGAGGAAACUGCGUUCGACUCGGUCACGCUACCUCAGUUGGUCUUGUUGCACUGCUUAAAAAGUGCAAUAAAUUUAAGAUCGUUCCCCAGGGCGCGAUUUGUGUCAAGUGAGAUACCAUUCUUGGAUUGGGCGUUGUAUAUUUUAACCGAUUGAAACGACCUCAAUUCAAGCGGUGCAUUCUUUGUGCACUUCUCGGGUGCAUUCAUCAGGCAGCGGACAGUGUCUUUCAGGCAAGUGCAGUGGUAAUGGUGCUGUGAGCCAGUGAAAUAAAAAAAAACAACAGCAACAAAAAAAAAGCUAUCCGGUCGGGAUGCAACUCGAAGAACCAGUGAGACGUGCUGAGCGAAGCGAGAACGAAGUUAUUUGAAUUAAUUGCAUCGUACCUACUAAUCGCUUCGACAACUGAACUGGACUGGACUGAAAGCAUCGGUGCCAGUCUAGAGAGAGUGCGGAUUUCGAAACAGGAACCGUAGAUCCGCUGCUGUUGCCAGUUGAGUGAGGCCACCUUCACCCUCACCGGAAGACCGAUUCGCCAAUACGCCUAGCGGCCGCGGCAUCAGUUGCUUACUGCUGCUAUCAAGUGCGGCGACGACGACGACGUUUUUUUGCCCUCUCGAUUUGCGUCAUGCAACGACGUACGCCAGCCUCAUCGUCACAACAAAGUAAAGAUAAUGCAAGCAAUCGAUCCCAGCAGCACUUGAAGAAGCCAUCGUCGGACUGUGGAAGCAGCAGCAAAAAAGGUUGCAAUCAGGACAGUGAUGCCGAUGAAACGAGCAGCACCGGUGGCGGAAGCGGAAGUGGAAGUGGCGGUGGAACCAGUAACUCCGGACGAGGAGAAGCGGGUGGUUCCAGUGGCCAGGUCAACACCACGUCCAAUGUCAGCAACAAAGACGAGGACGACAUCUAUGAGUUCAAAUCGACACCGAAAGAUUCCGGUUCCAGUUCCAGUGAUGAGAAGGAAAGCAACAGCGAUAAGACAGAGAAGCUGUCCAAUGAUAAAACUGGUGGAGCGGAUGGGGACACCAAUCAGAGUGGUAACGGAGCUUCACUACCGGGAGGAUCAGUGACCGGUAGUUCCAAACGAGGUUUUUCAGAAGUCAACGAUACUACAGAUGAUAGUACCGGUGGCAACAAUGAUGAUGAUAACAAACGUAAGAAGCGAAAGGAUUCAGAUACUACCAACAAGGAAAGUACAAAAAGUGGACCAGGUGGAAACAGGGGAGCUACACCAAGACAAGAGAAGAGCAAAUCCUCAGGUCCACCGUCUAAGAAUCUUGGCCUCGGUGGAAAAAAUGCGCUCGAUCGAAAGAGUCCGUGCGCAAGCCCAAAACCUGCUGCCGGUGGAUCUGGAGCAGGUGCAUCCAACAAAGGAUCUACAGGGUCAGGCAACAGUAAUACCAACGAUAGCGAUGCGGAAGGUGACGAAUCUUCAGCCAAGAGCGAUUCCAAUUUCAAUACUGGAGGUGGUCCUAAAGUUCCUCCUCUGAAAAUUGUUAUACCUCAGCAGAACACUGGCGGCGAUACCGAGACUGGCGGUAGCUCCAGGAAUGGCAAAAAUGCCUCUGCUAGAAACCACGCUGCAUUACCGUAUGUUGUGGCAUCUUCCAAUAGUAAUGAUUCCAGUGCCGAUAAGGAGAGCACUUCCUCCCGCUCGGCCAGUCCGUCCGAUUCGAAAAGCUCCGAUGAAAAACCUAGUACUAAAACCAGCGAGGAACGCGCACAGGCUCGGGUGCUGCGCAGUCAUCGGGGAGGUGGUAGCAGCGCUUCGUCCGAGGGUGGUGGCAGUAGUGGCCGGCAAAAGGAUAAUCAAAGCGAUCGGUCCGUUGACCGGUCCAACAAUUCCUCUCCCCAGAUGCAACAAAGCAGUGCAGCUCCAUCGCCGGCAUCCAAUAGUGGAGACGCAGGUAGUGGAAAUGGUAGCGGAAGCAACCAGAACAAAGAGACGAACAAUGCAAGUCCUGGUAGUGCCAAUCAGAAGGAAGGUGACUCAGAACCGGUACAAAGCGGUAGUGGUGGGAAUCCGAAAAGUCCACCCGUGUCCUCCAGUUCGACCACGGCAACCACUACCAGUAGCAGUAGUAGUAGCAGUACCAGCACCAAUGCCAACCAGAACAAUCAAUCGAACAAUCAAAGCUCUACUUCGGAAACUGCUGUACAUCCCCGUAAACGUAAAAUUAAAGCCAGUAAGGAUCAAACUUCUACGGUCACGGCUAGCUCGUCGACUCCAUCAACAUCUUCCGCAUCGGCGUCUACCGCUAAUGAGGAGAAGAAAGAGAUUAAAGAAGAAGUUCCAGACGUUCAUCCGCACGAUCAACCGAUAACCAACUGCUAUCAGAUGUACCUGAACAUCCGUAAGCAAAUCGAACGGCGACAACGAGCGCUUUUCCCGGUACAACCGAAACCUCCCCAAGGUUUCAAAGACUAUCUGCUGAAUCGUUGCGCGUACGCGUUAGCUGGCAAAUCGCCAUCCGAACCCAACAUUCAGCCUCCAGCCAGUAUUGCUCAACAGAUGAAGGAACUUUUCAGCAUACAGGAAAAAGAACGCCACAAGCUCAAAAUGCAACACAUUGUCGAAAAAGAGAAGCUUGUGCUGGCCGUAGAACAGGAAAUCCUGAGGGUACACGGCCGCGCGGCUAGAGCUCUGGCUAAUCAAUCUUUGCCAUUCUCCGUGUGCACGAUCCUGAAAGAUGCCGAAGUCUACAACAUCAUUACCCCGGAACAGGAAGAAAAGGAUCGUAACGCUCGGUCCCGCUACAACGGGCGCCUGUUUCUUAGCUGGCUACAGGAUGUGGACGAUAAGUGGGAAAAAAUUAAGGAAGCGAUGCUGUUGAGGCACCACAACGAAGCGGAAAGCUUGCAUGCUGUGCAAAAAAUGGACUGGGAAUGGCGCAUGAAGGAAAACCUGCUCUGUGAGUUCAAAGCCAAACCGGUCAUCGACGACAGUCAGGUUCCGAUGGUGCAUGUAAGUGACGAUUUCGAUCUGCUGCCUGCCUAGGCAUGCUGUUUUUUGGUGCCGAAUUCGAUGGCCAGGUUGAAAACAUCUGAUGAUGGCAGUCUUGAUGUGAGAUAUGUAGAUGAUAUUCAUAUAGUUUUAUAGGCAGACUGUGUAGAUUUAACACUUAUGUUUAGGAUUGCUUAAUGAAAGUAUAAUUAAAUGUAAUACUUUUAUCAUA